AUGAUACUCUACUGCAUCCCUGUUCAUACAUACACCAAACAUCCCGCAUCGCCGCCUCACAAGGUCUCCAUACCAAACUACGACGGCACCGCUUCAUCGCCAACAUUCUCACCGGAUGGCAAAUCCGCCGCGUUCCUUCGAACCGAAGAGCCCGGCGGCGACUUCGAUCGACCGCGCAUCUUCCUCAUUCGUGACACCGACGACGUAGAAGACAUCACUGAGAUCACUACUUCCGAAUCCUGGGACUUGCAGCCCCUGUCCCUGACCUUCAGCAGCGACGCCGAAACCCUCCACCUCACCGUUGAAGACGGCGGCAGAAGGAAACUCUUCCAGAUCCCCGUCCCCCCCCACCUCCGACAAACGAUAAGAAGAAGAAGAAGCGACCUUGGCCGCCACUCCAUCACCCCUCACAACCUGGGCGUCUUCAUCACCGCGAACCCCCGCACCGGAAUCGCGCACGAACUCUCCCGCCACACCGACUACAGCUCCUCGCACUUCGCGCAGCGCUACCCUCAAGUCUCCGACAUCCAAUUCCCCGGCGCAGGCCCCUACGACGUCCACGCCUUCGUCGUGAAACCCUCUUCCUUGUCCGCGGACGACAAAAUGCAGACGGGGAAGAAGAAGAAGAAGAAAAGAUACCCCCUCCUCUUCCGGAUUCACGGCGGACCCCAGGACUCCUUCCUCGACGAACGGAGCACGCGCCGGAACCCGGCCGUCUUCGCCGAGUCGCGGCUACGUCGUCGUCCUCCCGUACCCGACCGGCUCCACGGGCUUCGGGCAGGACUCCGUCGACGGCGUCAAAAACGCCCGGACCGCGACCUCGUCCGGUGCUUCGACCACGUCCGGGCGACGCUGGACUACGCGGACACGGACCGCGCCAUCGCCACGGGCUACAGCUACGGCGGAUACACGAUGAACUGGAUCGCGCGGCGGUCCAGAGCGCUCGUCCGCCACGACGGCAUCUUCGGCCUCACGACCCUGCUCUCCUCGAACGGGACCGGCCGCCUCGCGCCCCACUGCGCCGGCGCCCUGUGGGAGCGGACCGGGACCCCUCGCGGCGCACGGCCGGGUGGACGACGCCGACGCUGGUCAUUCACGGCGCCCGGGCCGAUCACGGAGGGCCUGGCGGCGUUGCGGGCGGGGUGGGGUUCGAGGUUUCUGAGUUGA